UGCGCGCGCGCCUGCAGGGCCGACCUGGACGAGCGCGAGUCCUACUGUGCGAGCGAAUUCGCCGUGAACGGAAUCGUGCAUGAUGUGGACGUGCUCGGCACGGGGAUCCGGCUGGUGACUCUGCUGGUGGAUCGGGACGGGCUGUACAAGAUGAACCGCCUGUACAUCACUCCGGACGGGUUUUUCUUCCGAGUCCACAUAUUAGCCCUAGACUCCUCCAGUUGCAAUAAGCCAUGUCCAGAAUUUAAACCUGGCAGCAGGUAUAUUGUGAUGGGCCACAUCUACCAUAAGAGACGGCAGCUCCCUCCAGCUCUGCUCCAGGUCCUGAGAGGGCGCCUCAGACCGGGAGAUGGCCUGCUCAGGAGCAGCAGCAGCUACGUGAAAAGAUUUAACCGCAAAAGGGAUGGGCAAGUUCAAGGUGCAGUUCACACCCAAUGUAUUUAAAAAGAACCACCCUGGCAUUUCUGGACCGUAAGAGACUUGGAAUUCGGCAACAAGACAGGAAAGGUCUUCAUGUCAUGGGAUCUUCCUUUAGAAUAGGGCACACAGCUCCUUUAUGAACUAGUUGCAUAGUUCCAACUCUAAUCUUGAAGUUGUCACUUCCUUAUUUACAAAACGCUUCUUAAGUGGUAUGCUUCUGAGCUCAAAAGUUAUCCAACUCUUGUGCCAGUUACUCACACAGCUCAGAUAACUGACCUGUCCAGUUAACAGAUCACUGCUUCGUAUUGUUUAUUUUUAAUUAUUUUAAUUUAAAUACAUUCUUCAGUAGAAAUAGUUCACAAAAAACAUUUCCUUAAUUUUAAAUAUACAACUUUGAAUAGUUUAUAUCAUGUAUCAAACCAAAUUUUAUAUUCAAACCAUCACAUUUUAAAAUCUGUACACAGCAGUAAGUGCACUACUCAAAGACAUGGAUGAAAUGUCAUUUUGGUGAAACACUACUCAGGGCCCAAGACAACGAUUAAAGUUUUACAUUUAAAGGGUAUUAAAGGACUUAAUUCAAGCAAAAUAUUACUCAAACAAGUGUUCCUGAUGUACCACAAUGUAAGAUAUAGUUUAUUUUCAUGCCUCUCUGCUCCUAAAAACAUGUUUUGUGCCGAACUGGCAGCUAUCCCAAUGCUAAACAUAUUCUGGGUGUAUCUGAUGUCAUUUUUCUAUUAAGACCAAGUAUCAUGUUUGUGUUUGUAAAGCAGUAAAUCUUGCCUUGAAAUCAGAUCUUGGAUGCACCCGUUUUUUUUAGCCUCCCUGAGCCCCAAAGGUUUGGGAAAAAGCCUUUCUCAAACUUACUCCCCAAACCCUGGAACCAAUAUUCAAUGACAGCUUGCAAGCAUGUGAAUUUUAAACGUUUUCCAGUGGGUUUGAAAAAGGUUUAAUCAUUAGCUGAAUUUAAUAUUGAUUUUAUACUUGAGUCCACAGAGACAUUAACAAUUUUUUUUCAGAAGACCAAGCUGUACUUAGUGAACCUGAAACACUGUGAAUAGAGACACUGAUAAUCCAUGGCUGAGGAUGACUGCCUAAAGAAAGAUAAAAAGGGACUGCACUGAGAGAGAAAAGCAGCCCAUUUGGUCUCAAAGGAGAUGUGCUCACGGAGCUUGAGCUGUCUUUAGUCUGUCAUGGCCGCGGAGAAGCGCUACAUCCCUGAAGGGCGCCAGGACAGGAAAUAAGUAGCAACAGCACAAGACGUAACAGCUGAUUGUGGUGGGAGGCACUGUUACUUCAUUUAUCCCAAAUGGGACAAAGAGGUGAAAUAAAAGUUGAGAGGUUCUCACUA